AUCCAUGCAAGCUUGUUCGUUAAAAAUGCUUGAAUUUCACUGGCCAAAACUAUGGAASGCGUCCUUAACCAGAGCACGUAUAAAGAGCAGCACUCGGUCAAAUUAUUACAGUUUGCAAUCAGUCAGAGAGGAGAAAACUUCUUGUAAAAUCACUAGACACUUUUAGACUCGAAAAGUAACUUAACAUGGAAAAGGUUUUGGUUUUGGUUUUCUUCUGCUUAGUUGCGAGUUCUUGCGCAUUCAAGAUUUUAAACGAGGACGAAGUACAAGAAAAAAGAUCGCCAUUCAGAAAUGAUUUUCUGAGUGCAAUGGUUGAAGAUGACGAGCCAGAAGCCGUUGAUAACACCUAUCGCCUGUUGGAUGCUAUCGUUCUAGAUGAAUCUAUUGUAAUGGGUGGRAAAGUCGAAUGGUUCUAUGGAAAAGGACAGAAAGAAUUGUGUAUGGAUGGAGAGAAAGAGCURGAGCCWAAAUGCAGAUGGAGAGGWCUUGUUGUCGARGAUAAAGACAAAAUUCCASAGAAAGUACGCCUUCAAGUGAUUAAGAAAUAUUGUAAACGUGCCAAUUUGAAAUGGCCUGGAGUYAAGAAAGUUAAAUGUUAAAAAAUUAUUUGUGUAUGUCCCUUAUGUAUAUGCUAGUGUCGCUGUAUCAUUAGUUCACUUUGUACAAACUCGCUAUUAUAUAUUACACAAGCAUUGUAAAAUAAGUGUUUUAUGGUUAUAAUAAAGACUACUUUCAAGAAAA